GCAGCACAAAAGAAGACACAAGGAUCAACUCCCCUCAAAUUUUGACAAGGAUCGAUGACGUGGCAUUAAAUUUGCCAAAUCCCGCCUGAGCCUCAAACCCAAAUUUUCAUUUGGUGCGCAAUUGAAUUUCAAUUUACUCUCUUAAAACCAAAUAUCUCCGCCUUGUCGACUACUACACGCGCUCUCCCUCUAUCUCUCUGAAGACCAAAACCUAGUUCUUCAAAGAAUUCGUCAUGAAGGGAGGUAGAUCAAAGGCGGAGACUAAGAGCACCAAGCUUGCCGUGAAUAAGAAAGGCCAAGCUGGAAAGAAAUCCGGAAAGGCAGCCAAGGAUCCUAACAAACCUAAGAGGCCUGCAAGCGCGUUCUUCGUUUUCAUGGAGGAUUUCCGAGAAACAUACAAGAAGGAACAUCCUAAAAACAAAUCCGUUGCCGCUGUUGGCAAGGCUGGCGGUGACAAGUGGAAGUCAUUGAGCGAUGCUGAGAAAGCCCCUUAUGUGGCCAAGGCGAAUAAGAGAAAAGAUGAGUAUGAGAAAAACAUGAAAGCCUACAACAAGAGACAGGCUGAAGGUCCGAAGGAGGAAGAAGAAGCAGAAUCUGAAAAGUCAAUGUCUGAGGUGCAUGAUGAGGAUGAUGAUGAUGAGGGCAGCGAGGAUGUAUGUUGGAAUGAUACUUUAUUGACUUUGAUAAUGAGGAUGAUGAGUAGGGAUGUGCUUAAGGGAAGUAGCAUAGUGCCAGUCAUAAGUACUUGUAUGGUGGAAAUUUCUGGAGUCCAAUUUUGCUUGCAUAGUUUUGAACGCCCGAGGGCCGAGAGAGGGAGGAGAGGAUCAACGCCAAUGGGCCGUCUGGAGGAGGUCCCAGCACCAACAAUGGAGACGAAGAAAAGAAAGAAGAAGGGGCGCCCUUCUCUUUUGGAUAUUCAAAAGCGUACUCUCAAACAAGAACAGGAACAGCAACAACAACUACAACGGAAGUCUGAUUCGAAAAACCCUAAUGUCUUCUUCGAUUCGAUUGAGAUCCGGAACAGCCGAUCCACCCGUCGAAACCCUAAUCCCGACCGGAAUUCCCCGACACUGGAGUGGAUUGGCGGAGAAGAUGACGAAGACGAGAGGAAAGAGAAGAAGAAGAAGCCGUUGAUCGGAUUGAACUUGCAGAAUCAUAAUCUAAUUCACGGUGCCUAUGGGUCGAAUUCGGACAUGGAUGGCGAGACGGAUCUUAAGAGGCAAAGGGUCGGCGAUGGUACUCCCGUAUCUGAUGCAAUGGGUGGAAGGAUUUGGAAAGCGACAGAUACUCUUCACGGCUCACCUGUGGAGUCUGGCCCCACUACACCUUUGCCCGACAAAAAGUUGUUGGUUUUCAUUCUUGAAAGGCUUCAGAAGAAAGACACUUAUGGGGUGUUCUCUGAGCCAGUUGAUCCAGAGGAGCUUCCGGAUUACCAUGACAUUGUUGAGCACCCGAUGGAUUUUUCUACUGCGAGGAAAAAACUAGAUGGGGGAGCUUAUUCCUGCUUGGAACAAUUCGAGAAAGAUGUUUUCCUGAUCUGUUCCAAUGCAAUGCAGUACAAUUCAUCAGAUACUAUUUACUUUCGUCAGGCACGAUCCAUCCAGGAGCUGGCUAAGAAAGACUUCGAAAAUUUGAGACAAGAUAGUGAUGAUGGGGAACCACAGCCCAAAGUUGUCAGGAGGGGUAGGCCUCCUGGCAAGGGCAUCAAAAAGUCACUUGAAAGAUCUCUCUUUGACCGUGUUGGUCCAGAGUUUUCUUCAGAUGCUACUCUUGCUUCUGGAGGAGAUAUUUCCAGCUGGUCUAAUGGUUAUAAUCUAAGAAAAUCUACUGCAUCUAAGUCCCAGCCUGCUGAUGCAUCAGUCUGGCACUCUUAUGGAUCUCACAGUGGGGAAAACCAUGCUACUUGGUCAUCUGAAUGGGAGAAGGAAUUCCCAGCUUCUGUUGUGAGGGCUGUGAUGAAGUAUGGGAAGAAACAUUUUGCAGUUGAUGAGAAUAAGCGUGACACCUAUAAGCAUCCAGUGACUUCUGUGCCAUCUGUUUGGACUACCUUUGAUGGAGAACUGGAUCAACUAGUUCCGGUAGGUGUAGGUUUGGAGCAUGGUCAUGCCAGAAGUCUAGCUCGAUUUGCGGCAGAUCUUGGGCCUGCUGUAUGGAAAGUUGCCUCAAAAAAAAUUGAGUCUGUUUUGCCUUUCGGACUCGGGUAUGGUCCUGGGUGGGUAGGAGAGGACAAGGCAGAUGAAUGCUUGGCAUGUUUACCUUCUGAGAAGCAAAAUGUCUUUGACAACCGCGUACCUAAUGACCAUGUAGGUGGACUUCCACCCUCUUGUGGAGCUAACUCAAUUGUUGCAAGUAGAUUCCUUUCGCAGACUAAUCGAGACAUGAAGGAAGGCGUCGCAGGACCAAGUUCCCAAGGCGAGUUAAAUUCAUUGGAUGGCGGCCUUAAUGGAAUAAAACAUGUAGGUGCUUUCCAGAAUCAAGCGAAACCCGUGCUUCAUUCCAAUAUGAAUGGUUUUAGUGGUGGGUUUGGCCAUAAUUAUUUAUCUCCAACAGGGACGCUAAGAAUUGAAACACCAACAGAAAAAUCUAGUUUCGACUCCACUGCAGUGCCUUCUCAUUCAACGUCUGGUAAUGAUUUUGCUUCAAGCAAAGCCAAUUUGACUGGUAAUUCUCGUGAAUUACACUCUGGAAACUCAUCAGCGGCGGGCUCUGGCUUUUCAUUACAAACGGUACUACCCCAUGCAGCAGCUGCUAAAUCUUCGUGGCAGGGAUUGUCACCGUGUGGUAAGCAGGAUGCCCCUCCAUUUUCUCCUGACCUAAACGCUGGGUUUCUGGCACCAGGAUCACCCAGUUGUACAAAUGUUCCCAUUGGUUCGCCACAGCAGCCAGAUUUAGCGUUGCAGCUAUGAGAACAUGGCUGUUCAUGAUCUCUUAUAAUUUGACAUGGUAGAUUCUCAGAUUGAACAUCGGUCGAUGAUGCCAUUGGUUGUGGCAUUGGAAAUCUUAGGGAAAUAUUUCAUCUGUACAGAUCAAUAUAUCAUUAUUCUUUCCUUUCCGAGGUUCAAAACCUCGCAA